AUGUCCAGUGCUAAAGCAGAGUUCAGGGGAAUCGCAAAAGGUAUCACUGAAGUUCUUUGGCUCAGAAAACUCUUGAAGAAACUUGGGUAUACACCCGAGAAAAGUUGUGAGUUGUACUGUGAUAAUAUGGCAGCCAUACGAAUAUCUGAGAAUCCAAUGCAACAUGACCGAACUAAACAUGUAGAGAUAGACAGACAUUUCAUUAAAGAUCAUCUAGACAAAAAAAUAAUAACUCUACCCUUUGUUCGGUCAGAAGACCAACUAGCCGAUAUUUUGACAAAAGCUGUUUCCACACAAGCAUUUGAUCAAGUAUUGAGCAAGUUGGAUGUUAGGGAUGCUACCAUUCGACUUGAGGGGGAGUCUUCCUUAACUUCUUUUACCCUCCACUAUUACACUUUCGAUCUUCCUCACAGUUUGUGUUCUGAGGGCCGAGAAGGGUUGUUGGCUGCAAAAGGAUUUGGCAAGGGUAGGGGAUGGGUGGUGAAGUUAUCAGGGAAGGGGCGGUGGAUUCACGUAGGAGGGUUGGUCAUGGUGGUUGAGAGGAUGGGUGUUGGGAUGAUAUUAAAUUCUCCUCAUGUUAGAGGAAGAAGCCCUGGAACUUUAACCACACAUGGUUCAUCCCCACAUGAGGGAACUGUUAAAACAAUCAAGGGUGAAGAUGGAGAAAUGGUUGACUGUGUUGAUCUAUACAAGCAACCAGCUUUUAAUCAUCCACUCCUUAAAGAUCACAAAAUACAGAUGGACUCAAGCUCAUGUCCUUUUAAAACAAAUGGAAGCAACCCAGCCACGAGAUUGUUCCAGUCAUGGCAUAGGAAUGGUAAGUGUCACAAAGGCACUGUCCCUAUUAUACGAAAAAGGCAGCUUCAAGACACAACAUCGAAUGUGCCUUCUAAAGGUCCUCACUAUGAGAUGCGGGCUUGUGGAGUAGUUGCAGAUUCACUCGGUCCUAUUCAUUGCAAGAACUUCUCUUGUUUUUUCUCGAGUGGAGAGACUCUUUGGCCGCGCUGUCCUUUAUGGCAUGCAAGUGUGGGAACAUUGAAGUCAACUACAAGGUACUACGGAGGAAAGGGAAAAUUCAGCGUGUGGAAUCCUGCAGUUUCAAGGGAUGGGGAUUUCAGUGCAUCUGGCUUGACCAUUUCACUUAGUGAUUCAGCUUUUAUCAUGGCUGGAUGGAUUGUUAAUCCAGAAUUAUAUGAUGAUUUCAAAACAAGAUUUUUCAUCUACUGGACGACAGAUAACUCUCUAAAUACAGGAUGCUAUGACCUUAGAUGUGAAGGUUUCGUCCAAGUGAACAAAGAAAUUGCAAUCGGAUCCAGUUUUACCACUGUUUCUACAAUCGGCGCUACAACUUAUCGUUCACUCACAAUACUUAUAUAUCUGGAUAAAAAGACAGGAAAUUGGUGGCUAAGUGUAGGGGAUGAGCUCAUAGGAUACUGGCCUGGAGCACUAUUCAGUGGCAUACCAGUAGGAGCACAAAGUUUAUCAUGGGGAGGCCAAAUUUAUGAUUCUAUAGGAAAUGGUGUACACACUGCUACAGACAUGGGUAAUGGACUAUUCCCUGGAAGCAAUGAUGCUAGCAUUGUUUGUGGCCUUCAAUAUGUGGAUGCUUCAUUUACACUCCGCAUUCCUCUGCAAUCAUCUUUAGGGCUUAUUGUUAAUAAUCCUUUAUGUUAUGAUGCUGAGAUAUUCCCCAAUCUAGACCCUAAAAAUGGUUUGUGUAUAUCAUUUGGUGGAUCUGGUCGGAAUCCGAAAUGUCCAUAAUUAGUCGUCGUUAAUUUGUACUCGAUCCUCUGUUUCAGUUUGUUUGUUAUAUUUUGAUAAAAAAAUGUCAAAACUUUUUUGUCCAAGUAUGACAAUCAAAUUAAAAUAGAGUAUGUAUUAUGUGUGUGGUGCUUGCUUGAUGACCUUUAAAGAAUAAAUGAAUGUGUGAUAUGAAACUAGAUAGUGUGCAAGGAAUGGGGUAUGUAUGAGUACUUGUUUGUUCGGCUUUUUAAGCCAAUCACUAAAAUAAAUGUAAUAAAAUGUACGUUAAUUUAUCACAGUUUGAUAUUUAAGUAUCA